CAAAGAGGCAGAGAGAGAGAGAGCGAGAGAGAGAGAGAUGGGUAGGAAAUGUGUUUAACUGUCACUAAAACAUAGUUAAGACACAAGUUGCAGCUGACAGCAGCAAAGAGCAGGGUCAUGGAGCCACAACAGAUCAAAGAAGGAUACUUGGUAAAGAAGGGUACAUUGCUAAACUCCUGGAAGGCAGUGUGGGUAGUGCUGUCAGAAGAUGGGCUGGAAUUCUAUAAAAAGAAAACAGACCACUCUCCGAAAGGAAUGAUCCCACUUAAGGGAGCCACGCUCAUGAGUCCUUGUCAGGAUUUUGGCAAAAGGAUGAUGGUUUUCAAGAUUACCACAGACAAGAAGCAGGAUCACUUCUUCCAAGCCUCACAUAUGGAGGAGAGAGAGUUUUGGGUCAAGGACAUCAAGAGAGCCAUUACCUGCCUUGAGGGGGGAAAAAAGUUUGCCAGGAAGUCCACGAGACGCUCCAUUCGCCUACCUGACACAAUCAACCUGACAGAACUGUACACACUAAUGAAAGACCAAGAUGAUGGAGUAAAAGAGUUCAAACUGGAACAGGAUAAUCGAGUCUUCAACCACUGCUUCACCGGUGUGACAGUGGUAGAGUGGCUGAUUUCAAAGGAGAAAGCGAGAAAUAGGCCUGAGGCUCUCAUGUUAGCAACAGGGCUCCUGAAUGAGGGUUUUCUCCAGCCUGCGAGUGACCUGUCCAAAGAGAGAGCAGAAAGUGGAGAGCAAACGGCCUUCUUAGAUCAGACAAUUGCUCUUUAUUACUUUGCGGACAGUGGGUUCUUCUGUGAAGGCUACUCCAGUGAUGAAGAUGUGCUUUUAAAGGAAGAAUUCAGAGGAAACAUCAUAAAACAGGGCUGUUUACUGAAACAGGGACAUAAGAGAAAAAACUGGAAAGUGCGAAAGUUCGUUCUGAGAGAUGACCCUGCUUAUAUGCAUUAUUAUGAUCCUACAAAGGGUGAUGACUCCCUGGGCUCAAUCCAUCUCCGUGGGUCUGUGAUUACGGCUGUGGAGUAUGUGCCUGAUGCCAAAAAAUAUGACAUUGACGGCAACCUCUUUGAGAUCAUCACCUCAGAUGAAACUCACUACUUCCUCCAAGCUGCUUCAGCAGAAGAACGAAAGGAGUGGAUCAAAGCAAUACAGGCAGUGUCAAAAAGUGGAAAAUAACAUUGGGACAGCCACAUGUUGAUUGUAAAAUCACAUGUUUGCAAUGUCUUUAAUUACACGUAAGAGUGUGUCAGCAAAGUAUAGCUGAAUUAUUAUUAUUGUAGUGUCAUUCUAGAGUAACUGGGAAGUUUAACUCCUUCAUACACUAUCAAACUAAUGUUACGAUGUUUUUGUGCAGUAUGUAACUAAUUGAAGAAAAAUAAAGGUUAUAAUGUCUAAAUCUUA